UGAUUUAGUUUUGAAACUUAAAGCAGAUGUUGAGGUUGCUUGACUUAAAGAGUCCUAAAGGUGGCUUUAUUUCCCAAAUCCCAGCUUUUUGUUGCAGAAAUGGUUAUUGAACUUCGGAUGUCUCUUGAGAUUUUAUUGGGAGAUAUCCAUCCUAAAUUUCAUGGAUUUUUGAAGGAUGGCCUUGGUAUGCUUACUAGUUGGAGAGGUGCUGUUUUAGGGGCAAUAGGAAGUCUCUGUUAUGUUGGAUUUUACAGCCUUCCUUUCGAUUUCCUUUUCAAUAAAGAAAAUCAAAAAACAUGUCUAUUAUCUUGUUAUGUUGAGAUUGAGGAUGUUGUUUCUCAUUGGGAAGCAGAUAGGCUAGCUGCUUUUGAACCUAGAUGGUUUAUUGGAAAUUGCUUCUGUGGAGUCUAUACAUUGAGAGGAGUAGCUAGCUCUUUUAUCAUGUUUUUCAUGACUGAAACUGGUCUCACUUGGAGAGUUGUUAGUCUGGCUAUUCUUGUUAUGUGCUUUUGGGGUAUGGUCCAUGAGAUGGGGGAUUUAUUUGCUGUCUUAGGGCAUAAUUCCUUUAUCUUAGAACCUGGAUGCAUAAGAGGCUGCUAUGGUGGGGGUUAUACCUUAGUAAGGAUAGUCAGGUGAUUGCUCUUCAAGGCUGCGGUGGUUUUAGCAAGUUCCCAGGAUCUUCAGAAAAGGGCACGUUUUCAGUGUGGCAAAGUGGGUCACCUAGCCAAAAAUUGUCCUAAACCAAAGCCAAAGAAGAAAAAACAAAAAGUCAUGGGAAGGGUGUUUGUUCUCACUGGAUGGAGCCAAGGGAAUCCAGAUGUAUUCUAGGUAAACUCCAUGUUUUAAAUGGAGUGCUAACAUCUUAAUAGAUCCUAGGCCAACUAAUUCUUUUGUAUCUCCCGAGAAUGCUGCAUAUUUUCACGUUUACACCAUGAGUUCAGGUUAUGAAUCGGUCAUUAAUUUGCCUUUCAGAGCUACUUUGUCCUUUUAUACUGUGUAUAAAGGAUGUUGUGUUGU